AUGCCUCACAACACUCUGCAAAAAACCACAGUAAAUGGUCGUGAAGUUGACGUUGCUCCUCUCGAGAGCAUCAACUACGCGCGCCUGAUUAGUAAAGACCCGCUCGAGAUUGAAAAACUCGUUCAGGUCUGCCAGAAGCCCGGAAUCUUCUGGCUUGAUCUCCGGGAUGAGCCAACCAAGGAGUGGCUCGCGGAGUUGAAGGAGUUGUAUGCUGUCUCAGAAACGUACUUUGACCAGCCGAACGAACUGAAAAUGAAAACUUUUGAUGAGGAGGAUGAUGGUGGCUACAAACCGGGUGAACACGAAGAAACUUUCGAGAUUUUCCGCGAUGACAUUCUCAAGAAGCAGCGCACACUUCCAGGAGUCUUGGGCGAAAAAUCCCAACUUAUUGAGCAGUUCUCUUCAACUGGUUACUCCGUUGUUCACACCUUGCUCAACUCAUUGUCAGGUGCUUUGAAAACCGACUCUGACAAAAGAUUUGAGGACUUCCAUCGUGACGGUGAGCCCAGUGGCACUGGUCUCAAAUUGGUCUACGAACCCCUCAAACACAAGAAGUCUGAUGUGGUGGACAAUAAGCACAAUGACAUGGGUACCUUGACGUUAGUUUUCAGUGAUCAGUGGGGCGUCGAGAUUGAAAUGCCGGAUACGAAGGAAUGGGGUUUUGUGGUGCCGAAGGAAGGGCAUGCGCUCGUUAAUGUUGCCGACUCGUUGCAGGCUAUGUCUAAGGGCAAGCUUCAUUCUCCUCUUCAUCGGGUUACUCAGCCGUCUGAUGGGUUUGAGAAGAGAUAUUACGUUGUGUACUUUUUGAGACCCGAGAAGGCGAUUAAGUUCUGA